AUGAGAAUUUUUGGAAUCCUGAGAUUUCUCACUUUUUACACAUUUCUCAACUUUUUUACCAAUUCCAAAAUCUUCAACAAUUCCAAACUUUUCACGAAUUCCAAAAUCUUCAACAAUUGUAAACUUUUCAAUAAUUCCAAACUUCUUGAGAAUUGUAAACUUCUUGACAAUUCCAAAAUUUUCACGAAUUGUAAACUAAUUCCAAAUAAAACAAAUUUGAAUAUUUGUAAAAUUAAGUCAUUUGGCUUCAUAAAUCCUUCCAAUCACACUGUAAACUCCUCUGUGAACUCUGUAAACACCUCUGUAAAUUCCUCUGUAAACACCUCUGUGAACUCUGUAAACACCUCUGUGAACUCUGUAAACACCUCUGUAAAUUCCUCUGUAAACACCUCUGUGAACUCUGUAAACACCUCUGUGAACUCUGUAAACACCUCUGUAAAUUCCUCUGUAAACACCUCUGUGAACUCUGUAAACACCUCUGUGAACUCUGUAAACACCUCUGUGAACUCUGUAAACACCUCUGUGAACUCUGUAAACACCUCUGUAAAUUCCUCUGUAAACACCUCUGUGAAUUUACUGGGAAAUGACUGGAGUGACUACAGGGUCGUCGAUUUGUGUGUGAUAAAAGUGAGUGGCGGUGACGGCGGUGACGGCUGUAUGUCCUUUAGGAGGGAGAAACACGUGCCACUAGGCGGAGCAAACGGCGGAAAUGGCGGACCAGGAGGUGACGUUUACAUCGAGUGCAACGACUCCGUAAGCGAUCUCAGAUGGUUCAAGGCAAAUAAAAUAUAUAAAGCACAAAACGGCAAUAACGGGAAAGGAUCCAACAGGAACGGCGCCAAGGGUAAGGACAUGUAUUUAUAUGUACCAAGGGGUACUGUCGUAUCUGACAGUAACGUUCACACCACACUACACCGUAACGGCGAUAAAGUGAGAGUAGCACGCGGCGGUAGAGGCGGCAAAGGCAAUAAACAUUUCAUCACCAAGUUUAAUGUUGUGCCUCGGAUAUGUGAGAGGGGAGAGGAGGGGAUAAAGAGAGUUGUAAAGUUGAUUUAUAAGAAAAUCUCCGACAUCGCACUCAUCGGGAAGCCCAACUCUGGAAAGAGUUCUGUGAUAAGGAGAUUGACAAAUGCCAGGCCUAGAGUUGCUAAUUUCCCAUUCAGCACCAGAUUCCCAAUCCACGGCAUCCUCAACCAAACACAACACGAUACUAACCAGGUUGAUAAGGUUGGCAGUGCCGAAAGUGUGGAACAGGAAACUGAGGAGACAGAAGAUGAAUUUGACAGCUGCGGAUAUGAAUCAGAUGAAGAAAUAGAUGACACAGAAGAACAAAUAGAUGUGACAGACCCGGGGGACAGAAUAAGUUUGGUGGAUGUUCCUGGUUUAAUUGACGGGUCAAGUGAGGGUAAAGGACUUGGCCAUGACUUUUUAAGGCAAAUUGAACACUCCAAAACUCUCUCAUACGUCAUCGAUUCCUCCAAUCAAGACCCGUUGGGGGAUUAUAUGUCUGUGAGGAGAGAGUUGGAGUUGUACAAUCCUGAGAUACUUGAGAAGGACGAGAUAAUACUGCUGAAUAAAAUUGACUUAAUUGACAACCAGACGAUCUUCAAACUCAUCAACACUUUCCUCAAACACACAAACCACAACCACAUCUACUUCCUGUCAGCGAAAACCGGUGAGAACAUGGACUUUAUCAACACACUCUUCCAAAAACUCUACUCAUCCCAUACCACUCACACUACUACUACUGAUGGUGGUGACAGUGUGACUAAAUUUGACGACUUGGACGACUUUAGAAAGUUGGACAGGAAAAAAUUCACAGUGACUUGUGAGUCUGAUGGUGCUUUUAGGAUAUCCUCUCCUUAUUUGGAGCGGAAGAUUAAGAUGAUGAGGUUUGACUUACCCGAGACUAUGGACAAGCUCAAGAGUAUCCUAAAGGCCAAUAAAGUUAACAAGAAACUGAUUAAACUAGGCUUAAAAGAAGGAGGAAUCAUACACAUCGGAGAUCUCGCAUUCACAGCACAAUCCAAUAAUUUCUUCCAAUAA